AUCAGUUAUUUUAUACUUUAUUUUACUUUAGAAUGACACAACAACUGCAGAGCCUAAACGGGACCUCUGACCAACACAGUCAAAUUAGAUGAUAACUUUUUUUUUCUUUAGCAGUCUAUUUUAAAGUAGAGCCACUGUUAUGGCUAAUGCUAAAGCUAGCAUAGACCAGAAAGUGCUGCAGUACGAAAACUUCAUAAAUGAAGUACUCCGGAGAGACUUGCAGAAGAUUUUGGAGCAGCGGGACUCUGUUUAUGAGAAACUCUCGCAAUACAUGCAGCUCAAGAACACGCUUCAGAGUCUCCAGGAGGAGGGAUCAAAGCAUCUCAAGACUGAUGUGGAUCUAGGGUGUAAUUUCUACGUUGAAGCCCAAAUCGAGGAUGCGUCCAGGGUCUUUGUUGCUGUGGGAUAUGGAUUUUUUGUGGAAAUGACCCAUGAUGAAGCGCUGAGGUUUAUUGAGAAGAAGACUGCUCAACUCACACAAUUCACUGAACAGCUCACCAAGGACUCUGCCAAAAUCAAAGCUCACAUCCGCUUGGUUUUAGAGGGUCUGAGAGAGCUGCAGGGCUUCAGUGAUUUGCCUGAGUCCCGAAGCAGAGACCUCUUCUGAGAUGAACUGUCCAUAAUGACAUGCCUUCAUAUAAAGGUGCAAUAUGUGACUUUGUUAGCGGAGGGUCAGCCGUAUGCUUGUCUCCAAAAAAUAAGAAAUUUAAGUGUUAAAUUCUGAAUGAAAUAAGUCUGAAACAUCUACCACUGGAAAACACAGAGAACUAAUUACUGCUCUUUUGUGACUGUUUUGUAUGUCUUAUGGUAUAAAAACAUUUUGAGUAAGUUAAAUUACAAAAUCGCCAUUAUUUCAAGAUUUCU